CAUAAUUGACAGCACUCUUCCUAUCUCGUCUCACCUUCAACCAAACGAUUCAAUGUUGAUUCCGGUUCACUUUUUACUGUACUGUGCAUUUACCAUUAUUACAAAGAGCGCUUGGUAGCAGGCUCGCUUAAAAGUUGUUGUGCUGUGCCAGUUGCGAUCGUGCACUUUUGUAUUGCCCUCGAUAGAUUUUUGCAGCAUUAAGCAGCCUGCCUGUCUCCCUGCAUUACAACACCACAAACCAUCGACGAAAUGGAGGAACGUACCGGAACGGAGCGAAUUUAUGGUGGAUGCGAGGGACCGGAUGCGAUGUACGUGAAGCUCAUCUCGUCCGAUGGACACGAAUUUAUAGUGAAGCGCGAACACGCGCUAACCUCCGGCACAAUCAAAGCCAUGCUGUCCGGCCCGGGUCAGUUCGCCGAGAAUGAAGCGAACGAAGUCAACUUUAGAGAAAUACCCUCGCACGUCCUUGAAAAGGUCUGCAUGUACUUCACCUACAAGGUACGAUACACAAACAGCUCGACGGAAAUACCGGAGUUCCCAAUUGCGCCGGAAAUUGCAUUGGAGCUACUGAUGGCCGCUAACUUUCUCGACUGCUAGGAACUAGUGUUAUGGUUUAGUUUUUGGGGGUUUUGUUUUCUUGUAUAAGUUGGGACGUCUGAAGGAGUGAAUAAAAAUGUACUGAUAACAACACGA